UCAAGAUCACUUGUUAAGUAUCCAGGUGUUUUUCAAGUCCCAUGCUUCGUGUGUGCAAUCCUUUAGUUAUCUGAGUUUUGAUGAGUUUUCAUGGCUUUCUAGUUUUCCUUUUUGCUUCCAAAGUAAUCAGUUCUGUUGUGCACAGGCACACAGAAAUGCCAGACAUUGAGUUGGGAUCUCACACUAUUAAAUCCCAUGGAUUCAAGGUGGCAACAACGCAUAAGCAUGACUGGCUCAUUCUUUUGCUGCUUAUGGUGAUAGAAGCCGUCUUACUUUUGAUAGAACCAUUUCACCGUUUUGUUGGAGAAGACAUGAUGACAGACAUGAAAUAUCCUCUGAAGGCCAAUACUGUGCCCUUUUGGGCUGUCCCAAUUCUCGCCAUAGUGCUUCCAUUGGUUGUCUUUCUUGUUAUCUACUUCACCCGCAAAGACGUUUAUGAUUUCCAUCAUGCGAUUUUGGGCCUUCUAUUUUCGAUACUCUUGACUGCGGUGAUUACCGAUGCUAUAAAAGAUGCUGUUGGACGACCAAGACCAGACUUCUUCUGGCGGUGUUUCCCUGAUGGAAAAGGGGUUUUUGAUCCUAUAACGAAAAAUGUCAUCUGUCAUGGAGAUAAGGCCGUGAUAAAGGAAGGCUACAAAAGCUUCCCCAGUGGGCAUUCCUCUUGGUCCUUUGCAGGUCUCAGUUACCUUUCAUGGUAUCUAGCAGGGAAACUUAGAGCAUUUGACCGUCGAGGCCACAUUGCAAAACUCUGCAUCAUACUUUUCCCUUUGCUUCUUGCGGCCCUUGUCGCUAUUUCUCGUGUUGAUGACUAUUGGCACCAUUGGCAGGAUGUAUUUACUGGUGCUCUUAUAGGAUCAGUCAUUGCUGCAUUUUGUUACUUGCAGUUCUUCCCUUGGCCAAAUGAUAUCAAUGGUUGGGCGCCUCACACAUUUUUUCAGAUGAUGGAAGAGAGAAAUGGGGCUCAUUCUUUAGCUCAAAGGGUUAACUCUUUUCAUCCGCAACAACCAGAAGUCGAAGCUUCAUUUAUGAGAAGAAAUAAUGGCAUGGAAAGUAUGGAAUUAAGCUCGCGUGAGCAUGAUACUACCCCUGUUUUGGAUACCGUGGAAGCUGGGAGAAAAUACUGAUGUAAGAAAAAAUUUGUCGAAACAAUGUAUCUUCACAUUUUUGUAAGUGGAUGUCCGAGUGAAUUCUU